AUGAAGAUCUUAGCAUAUGUGUUCUGGGCUCUACUGAUUCUGAAGUGCUGGAUAAUUGUAGAUAGUGUGAAUGCUAUAGAAACAGCUCCUGAAGAAGUUAGCUUAGGAUCAAAUGCAAAUGUAAACCUUGUUCAAAAACUUGGAUUACAAAAUAAAUCUGAAGGCUUUACAUCUAUAUUAGAUGAAAAACAUGAAGAAGAAUUUCCAAGUACUUAUGCAGAAGAAGAUGAGGAAAUAGAUGAAUUGGGAAGCUCAUCCGAAGUUUCUGAUUAUAAAGGAAACAAUCAAGAAAUAGAAAAACAAAUUAAAAAUUCUAAUAAUGGAGUGGAAUUAAAAUCAGCUCAAAAUUUAAAUAAUGAAAAACAAUUCCGAGAAAAAUUAGACGUAAAUAAAAAUAAUGAAACAAGUGAAUUGAAAAACGAAGCUUUACAAACAGAAGAAUCUAGUUCUCAAUCAGAAGAUAUUCAAGAUGAGAACUUAGAGCAUCAAAAAGAUUUUAAAAAAUCAUUUCCUGAAAAUCAAGUAGAUGAAUCUGAGCAGGAAGUCUCAAUAAUUCCAGAUAUAAAGACAACACCAAAAGAACAUCCUGAAGAACAGGGUGAAUUUAAAAAAGCUUCAACAUCAAUAAAUACAGGUAUAAGAGGAGAUUCAAUUGGUCAUAUAACACCAACUACUCUUGAUACACUUCUAGGUGUAGUGAGACCAAUUGAAGCUUUUCCUCAUAAACCAUCACAAAGACCUCUAACUACUCACUUCGGUAGAAAAGAACAUGAACCAAUUGCUACUAUAGAAGGAGAGAUGUCAUCAAACUAUAUACCAACACCGUCUUGUGCAGAAGUUAUUGAUAAAUUUAACUGGAAUUCAGAAGCUCUUAAUACUGCUUCACAGGGUGCAUUUAAGGUUAUCUUUAGUGAAAUUACAACCCUGAGAGAUAUGUCGAAUAUACAAGCUGAAAAAUCAAUUACAGCUGCUCUAGAUAUGUUAAAAGAUCCUGCAGCUGAAGGUAUAAGCCCGCAGGAAUCUUUAGCUUUGUAUGUUUGUGAAGCUGAUAGGUUAAAUGGUCGCUCGGUAUAUCAAAAGCUUAUUGAAUUUGGAUAUCUUGGAUCUCUUUUACAUCCAAUAGCGAAUAGAAUGUGGGGAUGUGUUAAAUAUGGUCAUUAUUAUGAUAAAUUUGGUAAUAAUCCACUACAUUUAGCAGCUAUGUCAAGUAGUUUACAGAUAGUAGAUUUUGUAUUGAGAUUGAUUAAAGAUCCAAUAGAAAUAAAAAUGGCUCUUGAAGAAAUUAAUAUAACUGGUCAAACACCAUUAGAUGUUGCUGUUGAAGAAAGAAGACCAAGUGUAAUAAGGAGAUUAAAAAGUACAUACAGAACUAUGUCUAAUUACGUAAAGAAAUUGGAUCCAAAAGUUGUUAUUGAAAAGAAGAAAAGACAAAAAGUAAUGACAGAAAAUGCAGCUCUAUUCUGUAGACCUAUAAUACCAAUUACUUAUAGUGAACAAGAAGCAGUUGAAGCCAUUAAAAUAGCAGAAGAUAAUGCUGGGAUUAUUGCAAACCAAUAUGCAGUCUCUGAACUUUCCAAACCAAAUGCACAAUCUAAUAUUAGAAUGCAAAAACAAAGAUAUCAACAAAAAAUGGCUGAUCUUAAAUUAAAAAAUGAAUUAUUAAAGUCAGAACUUGAAACAUCAACUACCAAGUCUGAAUCUAUAAAAUUACCCAACAAAUUAAGAGUACUUGAAGAUAACCAGAAAGAAUCUAGUGCUAAUGAUGAAAUACAAAAAGAAAGAGAUGUUAUUGAGUCUGCAGAAGAUGAAGGAAGUCAAGGUUUAGAAUCUAUUCAGUUUGUUGAUAUUAAUGAAGCUAAUAAUGAAGAUACAACUCCAUCUAAUAAUAAAGAACCUUCAGUGAAAGCUACUAAUGACAAUAUUAAACAAACUAAACCCUCUAGUAUUUUGGAGAAAGUUUUAUUUUGGUCAAUUAUUGCAUUUUGUAUUGUAUUUACAAUUAUACUUUUACUUAUUUGGUUUGCAACUAAAGCAUAA